AUGGCGAGCAUUAUUUCAACGCCAAGUACCGUAUCUGUUCAGAUUACGAGCUCAAUGACUUCCUUUACAUCUGAGAAGAGGCUGCAACGGGGCGAUACUAUCUCUACUUUGAAGGUAAAGAAAGGAAACUUGUGAUUAUAAACCUAAGUUUAUUUUUUUUUCUUGUCGUGAAUUUUCUCAUAGACAUAAUUUAUUACAGUAUUGGUCUUGCAUUUCUUUUAAACAAAAUAAUCUGAACUGUCAGAUUGAUCAAGUGAAGUGCUGCAAUUGUCGAAGGGGUUUAUCUCAAUUUAGGAAGAAUGGAACUAAUCUGCAUGUCAUUCAUGCAUAAUCAAUCAUACAGUCUGACACAAACCCACUCAAAAAGGUCAUCAGUCCCUUUGUAGACUCAGCAGGAGUCACCAAUGUCUACUUCAAAAUCAAAUAUGAACUUGACCGAUCAAACCAUCGUGUGAUCGUGUAAGAAACUUGCUAAAAAUUAUGUUAUCUAAUACUUCGAAAAACAGCUGAAGGUAAUGACUACAGACUAAUAACAGCCAAGCAGGGCAACGUUAUUUCCCACUGAGCAUUAGAUAAUAUUUUAUCAGUUAUUGUAACAUGAUUGCAUGACGGUUUAAAUUUCCAACCGUGCAUCCAUCUUUCUCUGAUUUGACCUUUUCAACCUGGAUGGUCCUGGAAGGAGGAGGGGGAGGGGGGAGGGGUCACUUCUUAGUGAACUUUGCACCCCUAUGAGCACCCCUUCAUCAAUCUGCCCCUGUCUUCCACAGCGUCAUUCCAGGUUAAUUCUACAAUGUAGAAGGUCUGGCUAUAAGCAGCAUAUCCUUUGGCCAGUCUUGAGCUUGAGCCAUCACAGACCGUGUCUUCAUAUUGUCAUAUUGUCUCAAACCUUUACUUAUUUGAGGGUUAGCCUCCCUCCUCGAUAUUCCUUUGGCUCACCAAGCAAUAAUUUAUGUGGCAAGUCUAAGGAAUGUCUGUGAGUAUCAUAAUUCCUUGAAUAAUAGCCAGGGGCGAUUAUUAUUUUUUUUGCUCGUAAAUGGGGCCAUUUUUUUUGAGAGAGGUGAUUAUUUCAAAUAUUGCUCAAUGGAAGUCAUGCGCUAAAUAUUAGUGCUAUUCACUGAUUCACCUCCAGCUCCUUCAAGUGAGGGAUGCCAAACUUGCAUAAGCUUCAAGCAAAAUGGUUUCCUGAUUUACUGCUGUAACAAACAAAGAAAUUUCAAUAACAAUCCAGCAAGCUGUUCCCAAAAUGCAUGAAGAAGGUGACAAAAUUUGGUUUGGAAGCUUUAGCUUUGUCUGUUUGACUUGAAUCACAGGAAAAAAUAAUGGAUUCCCAUUUUUGGAUAUUUUAGGGUAUUUAAAGAAUACCCACAAAAAUCCCAAAUUUGGAAGAGUGAGACAAGUCCCAAUCAGGGAACUUGGUUGGGAAUUCCUUGGUUGGGACUUGUCUCACUUUGCCAAAUUUGGGAUUUUUAUGGGUAUUCUUUAAAUACCCUAAAAUAUCCAGAAAUGGGAAUCUGUUAUUUUUUCCUGUGAAUUUAUUGAUGAGAUCGGUGAUAAAGUUUUUAUUUUACAAAUGUAAAUUAAGUCUUGCUUUACUUUAUUUCGCUGACAUGUUCAUAAAAAAGCCUAAAACUAAAUUUAAUAGCUUUUUUCCAGAACGGUUUCAGGUACAAAAAGAAUUCGUAACUCCUUUUGAAGAAAUUUCCAAACAAUAGGUAAAAAAAUUGCCUUCAAAAGUUUUAUUUGUUGGGCAGAAAUCAUGAGGGCUGUUCGGUCAUUCGCAUGCCAAAAGUUGGUAGCAGUAAGUGAGUGAAACACCAUCCUUUUUGUGUUUAGUUAUAUCACUGUUUUAUUAUACCGGUAUAUUAAAACAAUUAUUCACCUCAUUGUCGGUGGCUAGCAGUGGAUGUAAUAUUUACCUUGCCACUUUGCGGCUCGGUAAAUACCACCACUAGCCACCUCCACUUCAGUAAAUAAUAAUCUAGCAUAAUAUUAUCCCAUUGAAUAAAAAAUGAUCAUACAAAAUAAACUGAACAUGCUCCAAAGUUGGUUCCUUGAUUUAUUUUUAAUGUCAUUAUCCUUGGCAUCGGAGCUUGAAUUUGUCACUGAUCAGUUUUCCUAGAUCAGACUCCACUUCAUCUUGAAAGGGAGGGGAUAAAAGAAAGAGAAGAUGGCAAGAGGAGUGCAGGGGCGAUUAUUUUAAAUAUUUUCGUCUAAGAGGGGCGAUUAUUUGAAGGAAGCAUUUAAUUGAGGGAUGGCUAUUAUUUGAGGGAAUUGGGUAAGUAACUUAAACCUAAAUGUAGACUUAGCUCAUUAGAAUUGCUGCUAUUUUGCCGGUUUUGUCACAAACAUAAAUGUAAUGCUUUUAAGAUAAAUAAAGUAGGUAUAACAUUGUAACAUUUACUUCUUUAGGGGAAACUGGAGUUAAUAACAGGAUGCUCAACUGUGACAAUGGAAGUUCAGUUACUAGACAAAGAAGGAAAGCUUUUAUGUGUCCUUGACAAUGAUGAUGCAUUACUAGGUGCUUACCCAGUAGAUGACAACAUGAGACUACAUGUAUGUUUUAUUUGUUGUUUAUUCACUGGAGGUACAACGUGAUGUUACAUAAUAAUAUUAUUGUACUACAUUUUAUAUCAUCAGUGUAAAAUUAGCAGGCAUGGAUCCACACCAAUUGCAACCACUUUACGCAAAUGGGUCAAAUGUUUCAUAAAUUGAAAUAUUUUAAUAAAUAUAUAUCUUAAAGAAAAAAAAAUUCCAAGUUAAAAUCUGGCCACUAUCCUGUCUGAAUGGUACCAAAAUCCAGGGACGGUGAAUUUGGGAAUUAAAUCCAAAAAUGUUCUGGGGGUGCGGGAUGCAUGUCACUGGUCCCCCGUAGAAGCUUGCACCUUCGGUGUUCGUUUAGGAAAUCAGGCCGUAUUUAUUCUCUUUAUCCGCACCUGACUAGGUAAAAUCCCAUGAUACACACUUGGCCCCUUACAUUGUGGCAAUGAUAUAAUUUGUUUUACAUGAUUGAUCUAGGAGUAUUAACAACAAAGUUAAUGUUUAAUGAGGUGCCAGUCUAGGAACGUUUAGUAUUAUUUUGAUGCCUAAAAAACAUCCAUCGAGCGACAGACUGUAUGGCAGUUUUAAUGUGUCUGGCCUAGGUGGUAUCAAAAUUGACUGUCAGGCUUUCAUGAUUUCAUAGUGAAUCAAUAAGCAUGACAUCAGGGACAAGAUCACAUGUCCAGUUGGAAUGACACUGUUUUUCACUUUGCAUCUAAUAUAAAGGUUGUGGACAAAGAUCCUACAAAAAAGGUAGGACAAUUUGAAGACUUAUCAGCCGUGGAAAAAUAUGAGAUGGACACAGAAGAAUAUGCAAAGAGAACUGGUUAGUGAUUGAUAUUAAUGCCUGUUGCCUGGUACGUAAACAGAGUAGUCAUUAAGAUUUCAAGUUGCUGGGUAAAUACAACAAGUAGGCAGUUUUUGGGGCUAUGUCACCUGUCACUUCUACCCCUUGGAAGGCCUUAUUUAUGGUGCAAAAAUCUUCUUGUAUAGAUUCAGUGAGGGCCUUCAAAGAAAGAAAUAAGCUUGGCCAAUUUAAGGAGAAAACUCCAGAGGAAAUACAAAAAGAGAAAGAGAAAGCACAACAAGAGGAAGAAGCUGCGAAAGCAAUCACUGUUGGUUCUCGAUGCGAGGUCAAAGUUGCUAGUGCACCUCCCAGGAGGGGCGAGGUUAUGUUUGUAGGUAUGUAAACAUAAAGUGUUCAUGUCACCCCUCGAAAACCUUUAAUACUCUAAGAUAAAUUGCGUGAGCCCUGAAGCUCUAAACAUUUGAAAAUCAGUAAAUUAAUCAAACCCAGGAACUAGAUCAGUGCUGCUUAAAAAAGGGGUGGGAGCUUAGCUAGUACCCCUAGCCACCAAGCAUGUUGCAGAUGUGAGAAAUCCCUCAUGAGUGAGCUUUUUGUGAUAAGCAAAGCAGCUUAGUGCAAAAAAAAAAACAAUGUCAGCUAUGGUCUCUUAAAAUUAAUAUCAGGCCAAUCACAGGUCUCAUUUACAAGUAAGGAGACUUACUUUGGUAGUUCAUUAGUCAGUCACACAAAAGAGCGUUUCUUGAUGUUUGAUGGACAUGGUUGAGUCUGUUGCACUGAAACAAAGGAAAGUACCGUUUAGAAGCUUUCAUGCUGGUUAUCUUUUGACCAUACAUAGGUUGCAUUUUAUUUACGACACUUUUUAUGAACAGUCAUUUCAGAUGUUUCAACUGCGUGGUCAUGUAAAAGAAGAUGAAAAAGUUGAUGAGACAACCUAAGUGAAUGGUCUUGUGUUUGACUUUUUGUAGCACAUGCUACAGUGUUUCAAACAAUGCAAAUCCUGAAAUGAUAAUGUUUUGUUUCAGGAAAAACAAACUUCAAACCUGGCUGGUGGGUUGGUGUGAAAUAUGAUGAGCCUGUUGGUAAAAAUGACGGCAGGUAAGCAGAUUUUCCAUGAUCAUUGUAUCCUACCAGGGUGUUUCUUUUACUUUCUGAUAUGUUUUAUUAACCAUGGUGAGAAUAACUCAUUCGGUAGAGGGCUUGAUUGCAGAACGAGAGGUCACGGGUUCAUCAGUCCCGGGGCCAGGCCAAUAAUCAGGAUCUUAAAAUAACUGAGAAAUGAAGGUACUCCCUUUGCACUGCAAGUGGCUAGGACUUCGCAUGGCCGGAAUGACUACACAAAAUGGUGGUCCCGUCUCCAGUAGGAGACAUAUCCCCAAUAUUUUGUAAAUUCAAAUAAAGUGUUUUUUUUUUAAAGUGAAGGGUGCCGUAGCUAGUUAUAAGGCUGGUGGUCAUUUGAUAAUAACUAUUUUAAUUUUGUUUGUGUGACAAUUUUAUACACUCUCAUGGUGCAUUCAGAGCAAACUUGAAUAAACAUGUAACAAAAACAACAACAACAAAAAAAGAGAAGAGCACAAAGGUGCAAGGGAAUGGUGGUAGGGUGAAUUACCCCCUCCCAUGCUCUCAACAUUAAAUUUUUAGACUGAAUGUGUCCACUUUGUGGGUUUAUCAAAUAAUAAUGUAGAAAGAUGAUUAUACAUUGUAGAGGUAUGAACAAUCUAUUUUCCAAACAGUUUGAUUAGUUCCAUUGUAUUUUCCAAAGAUUUUUCAGUUUGUUUAAACUAUUCUUUUUUUCCCCAUCUUUUUGCAUCAGAUUAUUGUUAUUGUUUGUACGAACCUUUGCCCAUGAAUCACUUGUAUAUCAUAAAGGUUCAAGUUAUUGAAGUUCUAAGACAAGUUGAUUGAAGUUAUUUCUGUUUUUCUUUCAGUGUUGCUGGGAAAAGAUACUUCACUUGUCCACCAAAAUAUGGCGGAUUUAUUAAACCAAAGGAUGUAGCGGUGGGCGAUUUCCCAGAAGAGGACUUGGGAAUUGAAGAGGAUGAAAUGUAAAAACAAAAAGAAGGAAAGAAAAAAGGAUGCUUAUAUUCUAAUAAAGUGGAUAAAUUAUUCAGAAACUGUGGAACUCCAAACACAGCAAACAGCUACUACUGUCAAACAUCUAUAAGAUAGUGGCCACUUAUUAUAAGUGACUGUCUGUCAAAAAUUCUAAUAUAAUAUUGA